AAGUUUAAUGAUAUAUGUCAGAUUUAAAAAAAAUUCGUUUACCUGGCUUACAUCGGCGAUUACGUCGCAUCUGUUCGCAAGUCCUUCAGAAUUUUUGCGAUCACGUUAAUCGGUGAUCAUCGAGCUAAGUUUAAUCAAGGUAGGACGUUCGUGGAAAUGAUGAAUUAAAAACUUGGUUGUUUUUUUUUGUCCUUACGAGUACGCUUCUUCCUAGAGUAGUGGCGUCGCGAAGGUAGGGGGACCAUUGGAACGAAUGAAAGGUGUACCGUCAGUGAGCACGAGUCUCCUAACGAUGUUGGAUGAAAGAUUUUGAUUCUCUUCGAAGAUCUAGUGCGUCGUCUCAUAUUCCAGUGAUGCGACAAAACAUCAUACGAAACUUGAUUUCAUAAUUCCAUAAUUACUACCAAGGAUCAUCAAUACUGUUGCACCGAAAGCUUGUGAUACAAUUGAUAAUCGAAUCACGUCGUUGAACGUUUAAUUAUUUUGAAACUGGUUCACGAUUUGUUUAUCCAACUUUCUUCGUCGUGCUGCUAAACGUGAGUCAUGGUAUGUAUUUCGCUUAUGAAGCGAAAUAUGCGUGAAAGAAUUCGAAUGAAAUGAGAAUUGAAACGUUAAUCGCUUGGCUCGGAAAGGAGGAUUCACCUGCAAGGUGUGACUGCUACGUGUUCGGAUGUCUAUCGAAUCAACGAUCAAGGAUCGGUGAGAAUGAUCAGUGCUAAUCUCAUUCUAACGUUAAUGACACCGUCAGUGCGUCAAAGUUUUUUUCGUGUGAAUCGCAGAGAAUCUCGGACGCGCUUAAAUAGCUGCGCACAUGUGAGGAGAAAUUCAAACGCUGAACAACGUUGAUCGUGCGCUCGCGUGCAAGAUCUCAAAGCUACGAUAAGAAGAUCGGUGAAAGCUGAUUCGGUUGAAUUUCUGCGGAAAUAUUCGCGCGUUGCGAACAGUUACUGUCUAAGCGAUUUCAAUGGAAGGACAGAAGGAACGACCAUGAUUGUCUCGCGAACCGGUAUUUGAUCCGGAAGCAAAAUAUCUGAAACCUUGGUCAGAGUCAACCGCGAUUGUUGUUGAAUCGCACGAUGAAGCGAGUUAACGGAAACAGGAACGCAGGAGAAAACAGCGCGUCGCUUAAAUGGUCGUAACCCGAAAUCGAGAAAACCCAACGAAAGGUUUUCACGUAACGGUAAAAUAUACUGUACAAUAACGUGUGAUGAGGAUCGCGUUUGGAAAGUCGUUAAGGAGUUUUGGAAUUCCAAUCGUCUGGUGUUUGAUGCCACCCGUCCGGUUGGUGCAUCAUUCAGAUGUCGUAAUAAGAGUCUGUGGUUGAGGUGGUUCGAUGGGAGGGACACACGAAAAUGAGACGCGUGAAAAGAUUCGUGUUGGCUCAAAGUACGGAAACGGAUCCGAUUUGGAAGAGCUCCGACAACCUGAUCGCUGGUAUAUCGAAAAUGAACGAGCAGCUUUCAACGGCACCAGUCGUAUCAGCGAAAACGAUGGAGCAACAGGAACAAGAACAAACCACGAACACUGGAUUAACGCCCAGCAUGUCGCAGGGCACGGUGAUGAUACAAGCAUUAAAUCGGCAAGAAAAGGACUUCACCGUUGCUACACCUGAGGAAUUCGUUCACCGUUUCGGCGGUACCAAAGUUAUUAACAAGGUGUUAAUUGCCAAUAACGGAAUAGCAGCUGUAAAAUGUAUGCGUUCAAUUCGGAGAUGGUCGUACGAGAUGUUUAAGAACGAACGCGCUGUGCGCUUCGUCGUAAUGGUCACGCCAGAAGAUUUGAAGGCGAACGCGGAAUACAUAAAAAUGGCAGAUCAAUACGUGCCCGUACCCGGAGGAAGCAAUAAUAACAAUUACGCAAACGUUGAACUGAUCGUAGACAUUGCUGUACGCACUCAGGUCCAGGCCGUGUGGGCGGGAUGGGGUCACGCUUCCGAAAAUCCGAAAUUGCCAGAAUUGCUUCAUAAGAACAAUAUGUCUUUUAUUGGACCAUCCGAGAGAGCGAUGUGGGCCCUCGGGGAUAAAAUCGCUUCCAGCAUUGUGGCACAAACCGCAGAAGUGCCAACUCUUCCGUGGUCAGGUUCGGAGUUGAAGGCACAGUACAGUGGAAAGAAGAUAAAAAUAUCCUCGGAACUUUUCAAGAAAGGGUGCGUUUCGACGGUGGAGGAGUGUCUGGCGGCGGUGAAUAAAAUCGGCUUUCCCGUGAUGGUGAAAGCCAGCGAAGGUGGUGGCGGUAAGGGUAUCAGAAAGGUCGAAAAUGCCGAAGAAUUGCCUGCAUUGUUCAGGCAGGUACAAACUGAGAUACCCGGUUCUCCGAUAUUCAUCAUGAAACUGGCGAAAUGUGCUCGCCAUUUGGAAGUUCAGUUACUCGCCGAUAAUUACGGAAACGCGAUAUCGUUGUUCGGACGUGAUUGUUCUAUCCAAAGAAGGCAUCAAAAAAUUAUCGAAGAGGCGCCAGCUGUAAUCGCAAAGCCUGAGGUCUUCGAGGAGAUGGAAAAAGCCGCUGUCAGACUGGCCAAAAUGGUUGGAUAUGUCAGCGCGGGUACCGUCGAGUAUCUUUACGACACAUCCGGACGUUACUACUUCUUGGAAUUGAACCCGCGUCUUCAAGUGGAACAUCCGUGUACGGAGAUGGUGUCCGAUGUUAACUUACCCGCGGCUCAACUUCAGAUCGCCAUGGGACUGCCGCUACAUCAUAUUAAAGAUAUACGCCUUCUCUACGGUGAAAGUCCGUGGGGAGACAGUGCCAUUGAUUUCGACCAACCGCGUCACAAGCCUCAGCCGUGGGGACACGUAAUAGCAGCAAGAAUCACUAGUGAAAAUCCUGAUGAAGGUUUCAAACCGAGUUCGGGUACCGUGCAAGAACUGAAUUUCCGUUCUUCGAAAAAUGUUUGGGGUUACUUCUCAGUGGGUGCUUCCGGAGGUCUACACGAAUUCGCAGACUCGCAGUUCGGUCAUUGUUUCUCUUGGGGUGAGGAUCGUCAUCAGGCGAGAGAAAAUUUGGUCAUAGCUCUUAAGGAAUUGAGCAUCAGAGGUGACUUCAGAACCACCGUUGAAUAUCUGAUCACGUUACUAGAAACCGAAUGCUUUCAACAAAACAAUAUUGAUACCGCUUGGCUGGAUUUGUUGAUCGCCGAACGCGUUCGAAGCGACAAACCAGAUCUAUUAUUGGCCGUAACGUGCGGCGCGAUUCAUAUCGCCGAUAGAUUCAUCACAGCUGCUUUUGCUGGAUUUCAAACAGCAUUGGAAAAAGGGCAGAUUCAAGCCAGCAAUGACUUAGAUAACGUAAUUGACGUUGAACUCAUUAACGACGGAUACAAAUACAAAGUUCAAGCUGCCAAGUCAGGCCCUAAUAGCUAUUUCCUUAUUAUGAACGGUUCCUAUAAAGAGAUUGACGUUCACCGAUUAUCGGACGGAGGAUUGCUAGUGUCUUUGGACGGUGGCAGUUUCACGACAUACAUGAGAGAAGAAGUCGACCGCUACAGGAUCGUUAUUGGAAACCAGACAUGCAUCUUCGAGAAGGACAACGAUCCGUCUUUGUUAAGAUCUCCGUCAGCCGGAAAGUUGAUCAACUUUUUAGUCGAAGACGGUGGCCAUGUGAAUGCCGGGCAAGCCUACGCGGAAAUCGAAGUGAUGAAAAUGGUAAUGACAGUGACUGCGAGCGAGGCUGGCAACGUUUCCUAUAUUAAAAGGCCCGGCGCCGUUCUCGAGGCUGGUACCUUGAUCGCUACCUUGGAAUUAGACGAUCCGACGCUGGUAACAAAAGCGCAGGAGUACACUGGUCAAUUCCUGGAGACCGUGGCACCGGCAAUUUCCGAAAAAUUGAAUCAUCUACACGCCAAAUACAGAACCGCUUUGGAAGACACCCUGGGUGGAUAUUGUUUGCCAGAUCCGUAUCAUAUUCCUCGUGUACGCGAACUUCUAGAGAAGUUUAUGAAUUCCCUUCGCGAUCCCACUUUGCCUUUGCUCGAACUUCAGGAGGUGAUCGCGACGAUAUCUGGAAGAAUCCCUGUCUCCGUUGAAAAGAAGAUCAGGAAACUGAUGUCGCUGUACGAAAGCAAUAUUACUUCCGUUUUAGCUCAGUUCCCUAGUCAACAAAUCGCUGCUGUAAUCGAUGGACACGCAGGUUCACUUUCAAAGAGAUCCGAACGCGACGUGUUCUUCCUAACUACUCAACCGAUAGUGCAACUGGUACAAAGAUACAGGAACGGAAUACGUGGAAGAAUGAAGACCGCCGUCCACGAACUUCUUCGCCAAUACUACACCGUUGAGAGCCAGUUCCAACAAGGACAUUACGACAAAUGCGUUUCGGCUUUAAUAGAACAGCACAAAGACGACUUGGCGACGGUUACGGCUAUGAUUUUCAGUCAUAAUCAAGUGACGAAGAAAAAUGUUUUGGUUACCAUGCUCAUAGAUCAUCUGUGGGCGAACGAACCUGGUCUAACAGACGAAUUAUCGAGUACCCUGACGGAACUGACAAGCUUAAACCGCACGGAACACAGCCGCGUGGCGUUACGUGCUAGACAAGUUCUCAUCGCUGCACACCAACCAGCUUAUGAAUUGAGACACAACCAAAUGGAAUCGAUAUUCUUAUCAGCAGUAGACAUGUACGGGCACGAUUUCCAUCCGGAAAACCUGCAGAAAUUGAUCCUUUCUGAAACAUCGAUUUUCGACAUCCUACACGAUUUCUUCUAUCACUCUAAUCGCACGGUGUGCAGUGCUGCGUUGGAGGUCUACGUGCGCAGAGCGUAUAUCAGUUACGAUCUGACGUGUCUGCAACAUUUGGAACUGUUUGGCGAAGUGCCGAUUGUGCAUUUCCAGUUUUUAUUACCUAACAAUCACCCCAAUAGGCAGAAUCAGUGUCAAGUGAAUCAUAGAACCGGAGCUAUGGCAGCCUUCCACGACAUGGAUCAAUUUGUCCGAUACUCCGAUGAGAUUCUCGAUCUUCUGGAGGACUUGUCUUCGGUUAAUUCGGUUUCAGCCAAAGUUCUGGAGGCGGUGGACGCGGCUGGAAGCGAAUCGAGGCAUAGCACGUCUAUAAACGUGUCCUUGAGUACCGCAGAGCCUGGUGCCGCAGUGGAGAUCGGAGAACCCGCGGAACCGGUGCACAUUUUGAGUAUUGCCGUCCAAGAAAAGGAGAACAGUGACGAUUCUAGCAUGGCGAAGGUAUAUGGAGAUUGGUGCGCUGCUAACAAGGACGAAUUGAUAUCGCGAGGUAUAAGGAGAGUCACGUUCGUUGCACUGAAGAAAAGGCAGUUCCCAAAAUUCUUUACGUUCCGUCACAGAGACGGUUUCGUCGAGGAUAAGAUUUACAGACACCUCGAACCUGGUUGCGCUUUCCAACUGGAACUGAACAGAAUGAGGACCUAUUAUCUCGAAGCGUUGCCGACGUCGAAUCAAAAGAUGCACCUUUACCUUGGUCAGGCGAAAGUUGCCAAGGGUCAACAAGUUACGGAUUAUCGUUUCUUUAUUCGUUCUAUUAUAAGGCAUUCCGACCUCAUCACGAAAGAAGCUAGCUUCGAUUAUCUUCACAACGAAGGCGAACGUGUCCUGUUGGAAGCUAUGGACGAAUUAGAAGUCGCGUUUUCGCAUCCGCUGGCGAAACGUACGGAGUGCAAUCACAUCUUCUUAAACUUCAUACCCACGGUCAUUAUGGAUCCGGCUAGAAUAGAGGAAAGCGUUACCAGCAUGAUACUUAGGUAUGGUCCGAGGUUGUGGAAGCUGCGAGUCCGUCAGGCUGAGAUCAAGAUGACGAUUCGCCCGGCGCCCGGUAAAUCAACUUCGAUCUUACGUUUAUGCAUUGGUAACGACAGCGGGUACAGCAUAGAUUUGCAUCUGUACACGGAAGCAACCGAUCUAAAGACUGGCGUUAUUCGUUUUGAGUCUUAUCCGUCGGCGACGGCGAAUGGUACCUGGAGGCCAGGACCUAUGCACGGUCUACCAAUUUCUACGCCGUAUUUAACCAAAGAUUAUCUCCAAGCAAAGAGGUUCCAAGCGCAAAGUGCUGGCACCACGUACGCGUAUGAUCUUCCGGAUAUGUUCCGACAGCAAGCGGAAAAGCUGUGGUACAGUUACAUUGAGGAAAGGCCAAAUUGCGACAUAAAGAUCCCGAAUCCCGUGAUGGAUAGCGUGGAAUUGGUGUUAGAAGGUGACACUUUAGUAGAACAGAAACGUCUUCCUGGUGAAAACGAUGUCGGUAUGGUUGCUUGGAGGUUGAGGCUCUACACGCCGGAAUAUCCUGUAUCUGGACGUGACAUUAUAUUAAUCGCGAACGACUUGACGCAUUUAAUUGGUUCCUUUGGCCCGAAGGAAGAUCUCGUGUACUACAAAGCGUCAGAAAGAGCGCGACAACUUGGGAUUCCUCGAAUAUACUUCUCAGCUAACUCUGGAGCUCGCAUCGGUCUCGCGGAGGAGGUGAAAGCUCUAUUCAGAAUCUGUUGGGAGGACGAAAAUGAGCCAGAAAAAGGAUUUAGGUAUAUAUACCUAACGCCGGACGAUUACGCGCGUUUAGCACCGUUGAAUUCAGUGAAAACUACAUUGAUCGAAGAUAAGGGCGAAUCUCGUUAUAAAAUUACCGAUAUCAUCGGCAAAGAGGAUGGUCUCGGUGUAGAGAAUUUAAAAUACGCCGGUAUGAUCGCCGGAGAAACCUCGAGGGCUUAUGAGGAAAUAGUGACGAUCUCCAUAGUCUCUUGCCGUGCAAUCGGUAUCGGUAGUUACAUAGUCCGUCUAGGUCAAAGAGUUAUACAAAUAGAAAAUUCCCACAUCAUUUUAACCGGCUACAGGGCACUGAACACUGUACUAGGUCGCGAGGUAUACAGUAGCAAUGAUCAGUUGGGUGGUAUACAGAUCAUGUAUAAUAAUGGAGUGUCGCAUGCUACCGAUGUAAGAGAUCUGGAAGGUGUCGAAACCGCUCUAAGGUGGUUGAGUUAUUGUCCUAAAUCCAGAGGCGCGCCUCUUCCUAUAUUGCCGUUACCGCUCCCCGAUCCAAUCGACAGGGAGAUCGCUUAUGUUCCUACGAAAACAGCUUACGAUCCGAGGUGGAUGCUCGAUGGCAGGAUACAGAACGGGACGAACUACUGGGAAAGCGGAUUCUUCGAUCGCGGCUCAUGGCAGGAAAUAAUGAGACCUUGGGCUCAGACUGUGGUCACCGGACGAGCCAGAUUAGGUGGAAUUCCUUGCGGCGUGAUUGCAGUGGAAACCAGAACCGUCGAGUUGCAUUUACCCGCUGACCCCGCUAAUUUAGACUCGGAAGCUAAGACGAUAUCUCAGGCUGGACAAGUAUGGUUCCCUGACAGUGCAUACAAAACUGCUCAAGCUAUUAAAGACUUCUCGCGGGAAGAACUACCACUUUUCAUCUUCGCUAAUUGGAGAGGAUUCUCUGGUGGAAUGAAAGACAUGUACGAACAAAUUGUGAAAUUCGGUGCCUACAUCGUGGAUGGGUUAAGGGAAUACAGUAAACCUGUAUUUAUAUACAUUCCACCUAACGGAGAAUUGAGAGGUGGUGCUUGGGCUGUCGUUGACCCCACGAUAAAUCCCCGCUACAUGGAAAUGUUUGCUGACAACACAAGCAGAGGUGGAGUUCUGGAGCCUAGUGGAAUAGUAGAAAUUAAGUUCAGACUUAAAGACGUACUGAAGACCAUGUACAGGGUGGAUAAAGUGCUUCUAGAACUGAAGGAAAAGUUAUCCAAUGCAAACUCACCCGAAGAAAAAACUGAAAUUGAAAGUCAAAUACGUAAGAGGGAGGAAAUUCUAGAGCCCAUGUAUCACCAAGUCGCUGUACACUUCGCGGAUCUUCACGAUACACCGGAAAGAAUGUUUGAGAAGAACAGCAUUCACGAUAUUAUUCCGUGGCGAACGGCACGCAGGCAACUUUAUUGGCGACUUCGAAGAAGGCUUUUGGAGGACGAAAUAAUGGAGGAUAUCGUUUCGACCCAAAGAAAUUUAGACACCAGACAAGUGAGCGCGAUGUUACGUAGAUGGUUCAUAGAAGACAGAGGUGCCACUGAGUCGUAUUUGUGGGAUCAAGACGAGGCAGCGACGAAUUGGUUGGAGAAUCAACGGCAGGAUGAGAACAGUGUUGUCUCACGUAACAUUACUUGUGUAAAACGGGACGCGGUCAUUUCUUGUGUAAAGGAAGCCCUCGAGACGUGUCCGGAACUGAGAUUAGACGCGAUCUUGGAGAUCGUCCACAGGCUACAGCCGGGCGAGCGCGCGGAACUGCAAAGAACUUUAUCACAGAUAGAGAACACUACACAGGAACACCAUAACGAGUUGAGUGCUUCGUCCUAAUGUUUCCUCCGACAAUUGAAACGAAUCCCUUGUUUAUCUGCGUACCUGGUGUAUGUAGCUCCAUUAGAAUUAAUUGUACAGACACUUGUUAUUCUUGUUAAUAGCAAAUUGUGUACGGGAGUAGUAUAAUUUUUUGGAAAAUUAAUAAUUGUUUCUAUCAGUAGCGUUACUUGGAUGAUAGAAAACAAAUGAACACACAUUUUAUUAAUUAGAAGUUCAACAGUGAUUAUAUCGAGUGUCAGACAGUAUCACUGCCUACUCUCCUCGAAACUGUGACAAAACGCGACCUUUGUUUAUAAUAAGUGUAAUCAACAAUAUAAAAAUUAUACUAUAUAUAUUUAUUUUUAGAACAAAAA